ACUCGGCCGCGCCCAGGGUCCUCUCGGCGGCCGCGACCCUCGGUCCCUGCAGCGGCGGGGCCGUAGGUCGGCUGGGGCAGGUGUCCCUCGGCGCUCCCCAUGGAGGAGGCGGCGCGCACGGCUGCACCUCCGGAUGCUCGCACCUCCCCCUGGACGGCGACGAAGGCUGGAACCUCUCUGCCAGGGUUUAAGAUUGUAAAUGGGAAUACAGGGUAGCAAUUACAAGGAAAUGAGAGUACAUAAAUCAUCUCUAGCCUCUUCCAGCCCUUUUCUCAUAAGAGAGAGCCUAUUAAACCUUCCAUGCUCUCCCGGCUGUGACUGACCUGCAGAGGGCGGGAGCAGAGCGUUGCCAGGUGUGAGCACAGCUGCACAGCUGCUCAGCCCUUUCAGGACCUUCUGCGCAUGUCCUCGACUGAGCCAGAAGGGGGAUAAAGUCAUUUCCUUCAUUAGUGGCUCAAGAUCUAAAGACUGUCGCCCUGCCUCCAGUACCAGCAGUUUCCUCUCUCUGUGAUCAAUGUAAUUCAUAGGAAUUCCUUAAGUAACAAACGAAAUGAACCAAGGCCGUGGAAAAUAUGACUUUUAUAUUGGUCUGGGAUUGGCUGUGAGCUCCAGUAUUUUCAUUGGAGGGAGUUUCAUUUUGAAAAAAAAAGGGCUUCUGCGACUUGCCAGAAAAGGCUCCAUGAGAGCAGGUCAAGGUGGCCAUGCAUAUCUUAAAGAAUGGUUGUGGUGGGCUGGACUGCUGUCGAUGGGAGCUGGGGAGCUGGCCAACUUCGCUGCUUAUGCAUUCGCACCAGCCACGCUGGUGACUCCGCUAGGAGCUCUCAGCGUUCUUGUAAGUGCCAUUCUUUCUUCAUACUUUCUAAAUGAAAGACUUAAUCUUCAUGGAAAGAUUGGAUGUUUGCUAAGUAUCCUGGGAUCUACCGUUAUGGUCAUUCAUGCUCCGAAAGAAGAGGAGAUUGAGACCCUGAAUGAAAUGUCUCACAAGCUCGGGGAUCCAGGUUUUGUGAUCUUUGCAACACUUGUGGUCAUCGUGUCCUUGAUAUUCAUCUUCGUGGUAGGACCUCGCCACGGACAGACAAACAUUCUUGUGUACAUAACAAUCUGCUCUGUCAUUGGAGCAUUUUCAGUGUCCUGUGUGAAGGGUCUGGGCAUUGCUAUCAAAGAGCUGUUGGCAGGACAGCCCGUGCUGCGGCACCCUCUCGCCUGGAUCCUGCUGCUGAGCCUGAUUGUCUGUGUGAGCACACAGAUUAAUUACCUGAACAGGGCCCUGGACAUAUUCAACACUUCCAUCGUGACUCCAAUUUAUUAUGUAUUCUUUACAACCUCCGUCCUGACAUGCUCAGCUAUCCUCUUUAAGGAGUGGCAAGCUAUGCCUGCGGAUGAUGUCAUCGGGACCCUGAGUGGCUUCUUUACAAUCAUUGUGGGAAUCUUCCUGUUGCAUGCCUUUAAAGACGUCAGCUUUAGUCUAGCAAGUUUGCCCGUGUCUUUUCGGAAAGAUGAAAAAGCAGUAAAUGGCAAUCUCUCUAAUAUGUAUGAAGUUCUUAAUAAUAAUGAAGAAAGCUUAACCUGUGGAAUUGAACAACACACUGGCGAAAAUAUCUCCCGAAGAAAUGGAAACGUAGCGGCUUUUUAAGAAAGAUGUAAUUAAAAGGCUAAUCUUUAAUUCUGUUGUAAAGUGAAUUCGAACAUCAGAAUGUGUCUCAGUAUGCAUUGUUCUCAAAUAAUGUUAUCUAAAGACAAUCUUUUUUAAGGUUUCACUCAUUUGGACCAAGAAAUUGAUUUUCUUAAAUGAUGGUAGCUCAGUAUAAUGACCUCAAAACUGACUGAUUUAUAUUAACAUUGUAGAGGUAUUUUACCUUUUAAUUCCUUCUCCAAAAUCUAAAUGCACUAAUAAGUGUAAAGUGUAUAAAAUGCUUUAUUUUUCCAUGAUUGGUGAAAAUCUGAAAAGUACAUGUCAUCUUAGCCCAUCAAUCCCUGACUAUAUAAAUCUGAUUUUUAAAA